CCUAACGGUAGUUUGUAUAAGUAGUUGAAAUGGCGUUAUCCACCGCAGGGGUGGUUGUUCCACGGAACUUCAGACUUUUAGAAGAAUUGGAACAAGGUGAGAAGGGUGUUGGAGAUGGAACAAUUAGCUGGGGUCUAGAAGAUGACAUGGACAUGUCUCUUACCCACUGGACAGGAAUGAUUAUAGGACCACCCAGGAUUGAGAGAAAAAUGAUACCUGUGUUAAACCACUGGCAGAGAACAUACUCAAUCAAGACAAUAUUACAUGAACUUCGUAGAGCAAUGACUUUACGAGAUAAUCAGAGAUUGGCUCAACCACCAGAGACUUCAACAUUUUAACCAUGAAUGGAGAAGAAAAGAAUCAUGCAAUGUGAAAUGUCAUUUUUGUUUGCACCAAGGCUCAGUAGAAUGUUGCUGUAGCUUCAGAAAAAAGAGGCUGUUAACAAAAAUUGGCGGGAAAGUGCUUAACUACCUCUAUUUUUUGCAGGUUAUUAUUAUUUUGUUAUUAUUGAGAACAGUUUAAUGAUUUAAAUUAAAGCCAUGGGUAAAAUUAAAACAAAUUAUUUGCUAUGUUUGCACUACAUGAAGUGAGCUUAUGUGAUGUUACAAGAAGGUUUUCUUCCUUACAAAAAAGAGGAUAAUUUGUUUAGUAUAGCAAGAAGAGGGUAUAGUAUUUAUUUUAUAUUAUAAAAAGGAUUGGAUUUACCUGAUAUCACUUGAAGAUUUAUUUUAUGUUGCAAGGAGAUGGGAAGGACUUAUCUGAUAUCACAUGAAGAGGAAGAUUUGAUUAAUGUAAAAAAAAAAGGUUUGUCUCGUAUUUCGAGAGGAAAGAAGGAUAAUGUGUUUGAGUGUACAAGGAGCAGAAGGGGAUUUACAUGUUAUCUCCAGGAAAUAUAGAAUGUUUGAUUUUGCAAGUAAAGAGAUUAGGGAUUAUCUAGUGUUACAAGGAGAGAGAGAAGGUUGCCCGACUUUACUAACAUAGGUUUUAUUUUACUGUAAGAACUUAUAGAUUGCCUGAUGUUACCCCCAAAAAAUGUUUUUUUUAUUUUACAAGGAAAAAAACAGGAUUUCUUGUGCAAUGAGAAGAUGGGUAAAUUGUUUUCUGUUACAAGAAAAGAGAGGUGUGAUUUUGUAGAGAAGGUUUGUGUUAUAAAAGGAUGGUGGAAUUUUCUGGUGUUAUAAAAGAAAAGUUUGAUCAUAAAA